AUGAAACGGGAAAUAUCCACUUUUAGUCUUCAACAGGUCCAGGGUGAUUCGACUUAUCAUCCCAAACGAACAAGCUCUUUUCACUUGGCUCUCGAAGCAAGGUCUCAUUCCAGCUUUGCCAACCCAACCGCGGGUCUCGGCAGAAAUGGCGUCGAUGCGGACAGACGGUUUGACCUCACCAGCACCUCGAGACGCAGCCACAAUUCGAUAUCAUGCCGUUGUGAAGAGGACUUAGGCAAGAUGGGUGCAAAAAGUAGCCUCUCCGCCUGCUCAACUGUACAUCAAACCGUUUUCCACGCCACACCCGGCCUGUAUUGCAUGCGGGGACGAGCAGAAUGUGUCGCCAAUCAAGUGAAGCCGGAAAGCCCCGAAGUUGCCAAGACACCUCGACGUAACUUGAGUGGAUCUUUGACCCAGGCCCAUUUUACUCUCGUCGCCUCGGCCAGCAUGGAUCUGUUGGGCAAUCUGGCUCCAAUGCUGUUGGACAAAGCGAAAGACAAGGCUUUGAGUAUGGCAAAAGACCCGAAGAAUCUGAAAGCCGUCAAAGAUGCCAUUUCAGCCCCAAAGUCCCCCCCCUCGAAUCGUGAAGACGUUCCGGCCAAAUCCAACACUUCGAAGCCCACCAAGAAACCGGUCAAGCCGGCUGAUCCGUCUCCCAAGCCGAGUCCGAUCGAGCCAACUCCGGUUCAGAUCAUCUACGCCUCGUUGCCGUCGCGAGGCCGCAGACGUGGCCGACGCGGCCGGCACCGGUCGAGGUAUGCUCGGGUGCGCCGAAGGGCCAAACGUCACCGCCGUCUGCGAAAGUAUUAUGAACGACAAAUGAUGAUGAUGAUGCUGUGA